UGGUAGUAGUGAAACGUAAAUAUGGCGGCGUGGCGCGCCUCAGUGAUAAUGACACGUUUUAUCGUAGUAUUUCUACAUUUUCACUACGUCCUGGGAAUGAAGGUAAGUAUCACUGGAAGCAGCCACGUUUGUGUCUCAGGGUCACAAGUGGUACACGUUAAUUUCGGAGCAAGUCCGAUUCAACAAUGUGGACUUCUCAACACCACGCCGCAAGCGUCAAAAGAAGCAAAAGACCAAGCGAAACAUUCACCUUCUCAAGACUGUGGAUACAAGCAGAUAUCUGAUGCUGUUGAUUCCAAACUGAAGCUACAGAAGUGUAACGAUGAUGGCAUGAACCCUGCUGGUCCUUGUUUAAAACAACUCAAUAACAAAAAGCAUUUUAUUAUUCAUACCCCAGAGCAUGACAAGAGUCUCCAUCUUGUCAUAGCACAUGAUGUAAAACAGGAAGUUGUUCUGACUGGAAAUAAUGAGAUUGAUAAACAAGUUGGUUAUGCUAUGCUCCUCAUGAACACUGGGAAAUUGGAUCAAGCAAUUGAUCAAUUUACUGAUAUCAUCAAGGAACACCCUUGGGUCACUGCGGCGUAUUUUGGUCGUGGGACAGCUUAUGUUCAAAAAGGCUUACAGCACAAGGAAAAUGCUGAGGCAGCAAUACAAGAUUUCUCAUCAAUUAUCAGACUUAGCCCUGAUAAUCCUGAUGGAUGGAUCAAGCGAGCAGAGGUGUUUUCACCUCUGGGGAAGAUCAAGGAGGCCUUGGCAGACAUUAAAGUUGCAUUGGACUUGAGACCAAGUGCUCAGUUGUUUGUCAUGAGUGGAACACUGCUGUUCAUGCAAGAGGACUAUGAGGCAGCUUCUGAAAGCUUUAUGAAAUGUCUGGCGAUAGAGAAGAACCAGCCCACAGCCAUGCUGUAUCAUGGAUUAUCACUGUACCACAGGGGAAGGGUGAAGGAAUCCAUAGAAAUUUUUAAACAAGUUCUGCAAACAAAUACAAACCAGGCAGAGUGUCACCGCAGCUUGGGCCAUGCAUAUAGGGAGCUAGGAAGCCCAGACUUUGCCCAUUUACACUUCACAGCAGCUGUAAUGAUGGAGCCAACAGUUGCUCAGAACUAUCAUUCCAGGGGGAUUCUUAAUUACAUGCGUGGGAAGCCUGCGGAAGCCAUCACUGAUUUGAAGGCGUGCUUGAAGUACAACCCUAAGAGCAUUUCAUGCAAGUACUGGAAGGGAGUUAGUUAUGCUGCCAUUGGGAACUUUUACGAGGCUGUUAAAUCAAGUGCCAAGAUUCUCUUGUCGAAUUCAUCUCCAAUGCAGAACGUAGAUGUUAUCAAAAGUCAUUACCUCAAAGAAUAUUCACGGUACCUUCACUCACACCUGGACACGCCCCUGUCAGAGUACUCGCCGGACACAGACCUUGAUGGUCGGUUGAAGGACUUAUGGGUCAAGGGCUUGCCUUUUAAUGCUAAGAAUUACAGCGAACAACCUGGAAUACAGCCUCAUAUACGAGAAGUUGAAGAAGUGUCCUUUGAUUAUUUGAGCCCGGAUGCACAGUUUUUGUUGUGUAAAUCCUCCACACUGGGUCCCUUGGUUCAGUACCAUGCGGACGGGUUCUUGCCCAACGUUCGACAUCAUCGUGCCAUGGGUUUGGCAAUCCUUGAUGUGGCUCAGGUAGCGCAUAAGAACUGGAAAGCGGGCAGAUCAUCAAAAACGAACCUUAAGAAAAUAGCUUCCUGGAGAGACAUGUUUGAUGUGGCCGUCAAGUGGAGAAGAAUUUCUGAUCCUGAGCAGCCCGUGUUCUGGUUGGACUUGAUGCCAGAGAAAAGUGUUAAAACAGGAUUUAAUUUCAGGAUGAACUUGUUAAGGGGACAGUUAAAAAGUGUGAGAUACUCUGACUAUUUCGAAAAGAUUUUCCAGUUUACCAAAACAAUGUUACAGCACUUGUACAGAGUGAAUGAAUUCAAUACAAAGGAAUUCAAGAGGCAAGUAGAGAAGGCAAAAACAUGCCGCGAGCUAAUACAAGUUCUUAAGCAACACGAUACAAGUAAUCAACAGCCCGGUAUGAUCUUAUCCACUCACGUAUCCAGUUCGAAAACUGGAGGAGGCACAAAGAGUUUAGAAGGGCUGAAUUUAAGUUUGUCGGAAAGUGGUUCAAACAUAUUGUUUACAAUGGACACACCUACAACUCCUUCAAGAACAGCGGGUUACCACUCUGAACUGGAUCAUAUCUGGCGACACCUGAACGAUGAAAUGAGGAGGCCUGGAAACAAGGAUGUCGAUGUAGUUGGUAAUGAUAUUCUAUCUCUGGUGUACUACUUUUUUAAUCUGAUGCCUCUGUCACGUGGGUCCAGUGCUGUGGCAUAUACUGUGGCACUAGGCCUUUUCCUCGCUGUUGGACGAGAAACCACUGGCAAAAUACCUCCAGGAAAGGAGGUAGAUCUAGAAGCGAUGAUCGGUGGUUCAGUAGAGAACUUCACUAAGAAUGUAAAAGGAUGGCUCGGUCUGAGAAAGUUGUCAAAGCCUGUGUCGUCCCUGCCACUUGUGAGUGAAGUCUUCCCCACUCUGAGGACUGUGCUAGAAGCUCUCAAUGUACGCUUCACGGAGGCAGACUGCAAAGACUUGAAAUCUGUUUAAUUUUUAUCGAACUGCGUGUAAUUUUAACUAAAAUGAAGAAUAUUGUCAUACUUGGUAGAUAAAUAAAUUUUCCUAUUUUCCAAAUACA